UUUUGCUCUGACGACACUGGCCAGGGGGAGGGGAUACACAGGAAAAUAAUUUCUUUGGCACAAAGUUCUCAUCUUGUGUGAGAGCAAAAAAGCUUAGAGAGUGGUGGACAGGAGUAAAUACAAGUUUGGGAAGAGAAAAGGAAACAAAACGGGGUCCUAAUGGCCAAUGUAAUUCAAGCACAGCCACAAACUGUGAUUGUUCAAACUUCUCAUCAAAGUAACUGGAGCACUGGACUAUGCAACGUCUGUGCUGACAUAUCUGUCUGUUGCUGUGGAUUGUUUUGUAUGCCAUGCCUACAGUGCCAAACUACCUCCGACUUUGGAGAGGGCUUCUGCUUGCCACUAUUAGACCCCUGCAUAUUGUCUGGUUCAGGCUUGUCUCCCGUGUCCUUGGCAAUGAGAGCAGCCAUUAGGGAGCGAUACGGCAUUCAGGGCUCCAUCUGCGAUGACUGCUGUGUUUUGUGCUCCUGCUUUUAUUGUGCCUGGUGCCAGAUGGCUCGCGAGGUUAAAAUCCGCUCCAAACAUGGUACCACUUACGUCGCUGUCAACCAAGUAGUCCUUUAGAGAAUGAAAAUGAAUUCAAGAAGCUUUUACAGGGAUGUGUAUUUCCUCAGACAGUGCUUAUAUUAUUAUUAGAAAUUUUUGUUUCCUAUUCUA